AGGAACAACUUCACCUUUUUGUUGUGCAAAAAAAAAAAAAAAAGAGCUCUGUGACACCCCAGACGAAAAAUCGAUGUGCGUGCGUGGACGGUUUAUGAUGAUGCGGAAGAUUCCACUAACUACGUGAAGGAGAAUGACAAUAAUGACGACGGACUAUUACAAGGAGUGUUGAAGUUUCAUAUCUUCUCGUUGCUCAUUAUGUGCAUUUAUUUCUUAAAACCACAGUUCAAUAUAUAUAAAUCAUAUAUAAUAUUUGCUGUAAUUCUGCCGUGCCAUAAUAUUUGUGUGUUGUGGUUAUUCCAAACGGCCAAAAGUAUAAUUGUUCAUAAUGCUGUCAUUGUUUGUAAUGACCUUAUUAAAGUGGCAAUUGUGGUGUGUUUGUAUUUAGUAUGAAUUUACCUUCAUGUAAAGUCGUGUUAUAGGAACGUAAUACCGAACAUACUGUUAGUUCAAAAUUUACCAUAGAAAUGGUGGUGAAUUUUGCUAACAUGUGUCGUCUAUGUAUGGGAGAGAAAGAUUCAUUACUGCCCCUUUUUGAUGAAGAUGGGGCCCUUCCCGAUAGAAUCAUGACAUUAGUGCCCGUGUUAAAGAUGUUUGCUGGUGAUGGUCUGCCAUCUCAAGUUUGUGAGCGCUGUAUUCACCGGGUGAAUGAAUCUUUCAACUUCAAGCUGCAGUGUGAAAGUUCAGAUGCUACAUUACGGCAGUUCACCAGGUCUCAGGGUAUGGAGCCUUCCACAGUUGGAACUGCUGAUUAUUGCUGGACGUUUACUGAAGUCAAAGUUGAAGUUAAUGAAGAAACUACUGCUGAAGAGAACAGUAUCGAUGUAGCAAGUACUGAGGAACAGAGAUUGGCUGGGGAAGUUGGUUUUCUUCCUGGUAAUGAAAGCCUGUGGUCUAAUCUCCCUGCAGAAACGACUUCAAGUGGCUGCAGUGGAGACAUGGAGAUGCAUGUUCCUGUGAUGGCCAAGUUUAAAAUAGAAUCUGAGAAACCAUCAACAGGAAGGAAAUUUGAGAAGAAUGCUGCAGAAGGACAGAAGCUUCAUCCAAAUUCAGAAGUAAGAGAAACUGACAGAUGGCAAGAAGACAUGCAGAAUGGGAAGGUCAGGAAGCAAAGUGCUGUGCAGUCUGGGAAUGGUGGUACUGAUGAAGGUGCUUCCCAAAGUUGGUUGGUCAGAAAUAAGACUAACAGUUCAAAUGAUUCUUGUUUACAAGAAGAGAAAUGUGUUUCAAAUGUUAUACCUCAAGAUAUUUUGAUUAAGGCUGUGGACAGAUUACAAACAGAACCAAAACCUGAGGUUGACAGAAAGCGGUUUUUGUGUCAUGAUUGUGGGAAGAUAUUCACCCUGAAACAUCAACUUCAAGGCCAUUUGCGGACUCAUACAGGUGAAAAACCUUAUUGUUGUUCUGUGUGUGGGGAGACAUUUGGUUUUGGAAGUUGUUUGAGAAAGCAUAUGAGGAUUCAUACACUAGAGAAACCAUAUUUAUGCACUGUGUGUGGUAGAAGUUUCAGCCGUGGUGACACACUCACAAAACACAUGAGGGGGCAUACAGGUGAGAAGCCAUACCACUGUAGUGUGUGUGGCAAUAAUUUUGGACGACGAAGCACUCUCAUUAACCACAUGAGAGCACACAUGGGAGAAAAACGUUAUUUAUGUACUGAAUGUGGUUGGAGAUGUGUUCAGAGUUAUGACUUGACAAAACACAUGAGGUGUCAUUCAGGUGAGAAACAUGUACGUUGUAAAGUAGGAAACAGGGGUUUAACAUUUGCAUAAAUACAAAAUUUUUACCAUAUCAAACCAAGAAAGUUGGCUCAAGUGGUAAUGCUUCUAAUUUAUAUGUGGGAGGUGCUGGAUUCAAAAUUCUGUAGGGAGACUGGCUAUUCUUGAUGGUUUUUUCCUUGGUUUUGAUCACUCCCUCCAGAAAAAUGCAGGAUAGUAUAUCAAAUGAGGCCAUGAUCCCUCCCUGUCAUAUCCUUUCCAAGUCAUUAUUCAUGACUCAUCAUCUAGUGUUGCAUGGUCUGAGCUAUUGUCAUCACUGUUAAAUAGUCCGUCACUAAAUAGAAAACUUCUGUCACAAGCAGUGGAUAAUGUUAACCUUUGUCAGCCAAGAAAGGGGAUUUUAAAUCUCCUGGUACCUUCAGUUUGACCAUAUUUAAACUCAAAUAUGAAAGUUUAUUGUCUUCUUCCAGUGAUGUGGGGCUAAUGGCCAUG